CAAUUUGUUUACAUUCAUUCUAGGCAGCUCUUUCAGUGCUCCUAAUUCUCACAAAAUAUGCUGAUAAAAUUAAAUACCCUCUAUUCAUGUGGUGUGAAAUUGUUCAGAAACAGGUACUACUCAACUGCCAAUACAAUUUACAGCUUGUCGUCAGGCCAGGGAAGAUGUGGAGUGGCUGUGAUAAGAGUGUCUGGAUCAGCCUCGUUGACUGCCCUGAAGAGCUUAGCAUCAUUCAAAACAGACCCAAUGCCUCGCAAUGCUCUUGUGAAGAAGAUUUUCCACCCCACCUCUAGAGAGUUCAUUGAUCGGGGAUUGAUUCUGUGGUUUCCGGGACCGGCCAGCUUCACUGGAGAGGACUCGUGUGAGUUCCACGUUCACGGGGGACGAGCUGUGGUGGCUGCCAUCCUUGAUGCUCUGGGCAGUGUGCCUGGAUUGAGGCCAGCAGCGCCCGGAGAGUUCACAAAGAGGGCUUUCUACUCCGGAAAGAUGGAUUUGACUGAAGCUGAAGGCAUUGCAGAUCUCAUUCACGCCGAGACGGAGAUGCAGAGAAAACAGGCACUCAUGCAGGCCAAUGGGCUAUUGUCUAAGAAGUACAAUUCGUGGCGAGAGAAGCUGAAAGGCAUUCUCGCCCACUUCGAGGCAUUCAUAGACUUCGCAGAGGACGAGAAUUUCGACGAUGCUGUGCUGAGAGAUGUCGAGAGGGUGGCCGUAUUGGUCGAGAGGGAGAUGAAGGAGCACAUUGAGGACGGGCGGAAAGGGGAGAUCCUGCGCCAAGGCGUACGUGCCGCUAUUGUGGGUGCUCCGAAUGUCGGCAAGAGCAGUUUUAUGAAUAUUUUAGCACAGAGACCAGUUUCAAUUGUAACAGAUAUUGCUGGGACAACUCGAGACAUUGUUGAAGUGGGCUGCAACGUGAGUGGCUACCCAGUUGUAAUAUCCGACACGGCUGGGCUCAGGCGACGUGGGAGUGACAUUGUUGAGGAUGAGGGCAUGUCUAGAGCCAGGGAGUGCGCCAAAUACGCCGAUUUCACCAUCAUCCUCCUCGAUGCCACGCAAGUGGUCCAUCAUCUCAGCCAGCAUCCCGGAGACUCUCUUCAGCAUUUCAUUGACAAAUACUUGAGGGAGAUGGAAAUCGAGAUACACUCGAGCGAAUUCGUCUAUCUCAUCAAUAAAACGGACCUCAUUAGCGAAGUGCCCGAUAGCACGCUUCCCAGACUCGCGUGGAUAUCCUGCAAGACCUCGGCAGGAUUGGCCACUGCAAUUGAUGAAUUGCAGAGGAGUUUGCAAAAAAUCUGUGGAGAACCCUCGGCCGAGCAUCCUGUCUUAAGUCAAGCACGACAUCGUCAUUUAUUAUGCGAAGCACUAAUUCAUUUGGCCACAUUUCGUGACUAUGUAGGCCUUCUUGCUGGCAAUUCAUCCGUUGAAUUAGAUUUUGCCAUCGUGGCAGAAGAAAUUCGCCGUGUUAUUCAGGCAAUUGGCAAAAUCACCGGCGCCGUGACCACGGAUGAGAUUCUAGAUGUCAUCUUUAAGGACUUCUGCAUCGGCAAAUAGAGCAUCGAUUCCGAGCAGUUUCCAAUUAGGCGAGCAAGAUUGAUCCCACGAAGGAGAUGUAGCAAUCUCU